GCCGCGGCUCACUCCCGGUGAAGGUGGCUGAGCGACAAGCAGCCAGCGCUCUCCUCCUCGACGCCCGGGCCGCCUCCCGCAGGCAGCUGCUGGGUCCGCGCAGGGAGCCUAGCCGGGCACACAGCCGCGGAGCGCAUGACCAGAGACUCCCCGGAGCCCUGACUCCCCAGGGAGCAACAGCCGGCGGCGAUGAACGCUAGCGCCGCCUCGCUCAACGAGUCCCAGGUGGUGGCCGUGGCGGCCGAGGGAGCGGCCGCGGCAGCGACGGCGACGGGGGCCCCGGACACCAGUGAAUGGGGACCCCCAGCGGCCUCCGCGGCGCUGGGAGGCGGCGGCGGGGCCAACGGCUCGCUGGAGCUGUCUUCCCAGCUGCCGGCGGGGCCCUCGGGACUGCUGCUCUCGGCGGUGAACCCCUGGGACGUGCUGCUGUGCGUGUCCGGGACCGUGAUCGCGGGCGAGAACGCGCUGGUGGUGGCGCUCAUAGCGUCCACUCCGGCGCUGCGCACUCCCAUGUUCGUGCUCGUGGGUAGCCUGGCCACUGCUGACCUGCUGGCUGGCUGUGGCCUCAUCCUACACUUCGUGUUCCAGUACGUGGUGCCCUCGGAGACGGUGAGCCUGCUCAUGGUGGGCUUCCUGGUGGCCUCCUUUGCCGCCUCGGUCGGCAGCCUGCUUGCCAUCACGGUGGACCGUUACCUGUCCCUCUACAACGCUCUCACCUACUACUCGCGCCGGACCCUGUUGGGCGUGCACCUGUUGCUGGCCGCCACCUGGACAGUGUCCCUCGGGUUGGGGUUGCUGCCGGUUCUGGGCUGGAACUGCUUGGCAGACCGCGAGUCCUGCAGCGUGGUGCGCCCCCUGACACGCAGCCACGUGGCGCUGCUCUCCACUUCCUUCUUUGUGGUCUUCGGCGUCAUGCUGCACCUGUGCGUGCGCAUCUGCCAGGUGGUCUGGCGCCACGCCCACCAGAUCGCUUUGCAGCAGCACUGCCUGGCGCCACCCCACUUGGCCGCCACCAGAAAGGGCGUGGGGACUCUGGCCGUGGUGCUAGGCAGUUUUGGGGCCAGCUGGCUGCCCUUCGCCAUCUACUGUGUGGUGGGUAGCCAAGAGGACCCGGCCAUUUACACCUAUGCCACCCUGCUGCCUGCCACCUACAACUCCAUGAUCAACCCCAUCAUCUACGCCUUCCGCAACCAGGAGAUCCAGCGUGCCUUGUGGCUCCUGUUCUGUGGCUGUUUCCAAUCCAAAGUGCCCUUCCGCUCCAGGUCCCCCAGUGAGGUCUGAAGGGCUCCUCCGUGUCCCCCCCCACCAACACGCCAGCCUUUGGUGAGCUUCUAGGUGCCUGCUGAUGCACUCUUGAGAUUUCAGUGGUGUGAGUCUAACUCUUCACGAGAAAAGGGACCCAACCUGAACGCGGCAAACGGACUCAGACAAAGAGGCCUGUUGGCAUUUUACAUAUACAGUGUAUACAUGUGUACAUAUAUAUACAAAUAUUUGUAUCUUCUGGAGGUGUUCAGGACCUGGAGCUUCCUGUUCUGUGCAAAACAAACACACACACACACAAAAAUGUGGUUGUAUACUCGAUCGUAGAUCACAUUUGUCAAGUGAAGACAUUCCAGUACUGCUUAACACUAGCACUUUAUUUUUAGCUGCUGAAAUGCCAAAACAGUGUUGCCAUUCCCGAGAGCAGAAGGGGAGUCAAAGAUGUAUUUUUGUCGUAUGUGAUAGAGUAUUUUGCUGCAUCAAGAAACUACAACAUAUUUUGUACACAA